AUGUUUCUAAAGAUGGCGGCGGCUGGGCUCGGGUGGCAGAAUCCGUUUAAUUGUCCAGAGCCGGCGCCAACUCUGUUGCAAGCGUUCGAUGGACUAGGUACCCUAGCCACAACGGCGGCAGGAAGCAUGAUGUCUUGCUUUGGGAGGCGAGGGUGCGUCGAGUGUUGCGGAGCCAUCAGCCAUCAUCAGCCACCGGCCAGUAAGCCGACAAACCACCAACAAGUCCAGCUCCGCUGCUGUAAGGAGUCGGGCACUUCAGACGAACCAGACGCCUCUGUCAACGCUUCCCCUCUCUGGAAGUUGAAGCGGACAACGCCUCGAUGGGAGGAUGGGAGGAUUGGGGGGCGACUCCACGACGAUCCACCGCCCUACAGACGACAACAAGCUGGAGAGCCGAGGGCGAAGGGCCAAGUAAGGCGGUCGACCGGCGGAUACGCAAGGGAGCCGACUGCUGCCGCGGGUCUUUCCAGAACCACUAUGGCGAGCAUUACUACUCAGCGGCGGCAUAAACACAGCACAGCACAGUACGGUGCCAGGCAAAGCUCAACUGCCGCACAACGCCGGGCGUCGGGCCCGCAAUGGCAACCAGCAGGGUCUGUCUGUUGCGGAAGCCGCCGUCAUCUCGUGGACAACGGGACAGCGCCAAACCAAGGGCCGGCGCCGUCGAGCGGGACCCAAAUCGGCUGGCUUUGUGGUGGAGGCGACCCCCGUGCCAGCUGA